GGGUUCAGCUGUACCUGCUAAGAGCAAGACUCUGAAAUUCAAGGGUGGGACUUUCUUUUUUCUCUUUUCUCUGUCAUACCAGUCUGUCUGGAUUUUUCUUAUCUUCCUACAACAAGCUGCUGGUUCUUCAGAAAAGCUUUUGGAUUUGGCCACUUCUGAUUGGAAGGAGACAUAGAGUUGUCAUUUUGAGGUUGUUUUGCUGAGCAGGUUUUUUUAAAAAAAAAAAAAUUCUUUUGCUGGUGCUUCUGGUCAACCUGCUCUGUGAGAUCUUGCAGAGACUCUCAGGGACUCGCUGGAUGUGCAUGCAGGAAAGGAUGAUCAGCUUUUUAUAUUUUUUCCUCCCGGUGUUGGGGGGAUACACCCUCACCUCGGUUUACCUGCUAAAGAAUCCGCAGAUUCUCCACAGGAAGAAACGCCCUGCUUUCUACUGCAAAAAGAUCUCACACAGAGGAGGAUCUGGGGAGAGGAUAGAGAGCACCAUGGAGGCAUUCACACAUGCGGCGGAGCAGGGCACUGAGAUGCUGGAGAUGGACUGUCAUUUGACACAUGAUGGCUAUGUGGUGGUAUCACAUGAUGAGAAUUUGCUUAGGCAGACUGGCCAUGAUGUCACCAUCUCCUCGCUCAAUCUGCAGGAUUUGCCUUUGUAUAAGGAGAGACUGGAGGUAACAUUUUAUGAAGGUCGUUACAGCACUGGCAAGGACAGGAAGUUUGCUCUGCUGGAGGAUGUGUUCAAGAAGUUCCCUGAGAUGCCGAUCAGCAUUGAGAUCAAAGAGAACAACCACCAGCUGAUUAAAAAGGUGUCUGAUCUGGUUAAACGCUACAACAGGGAGGGGAUCACUGUGUGGGCUUCCACGGACUCCACGAUCAUGAAGGAAUGCUGGAAAAUGAACAGCUCCAUGCCCUACAGUUUCAGUAUGAGCCGAGGCCUGCUGCUUCUGCUGCUCUUCUACACGGGGCUGCUGCCCUUUGUGCCAAUAGGAGAGAGUUUGCUGCAGUUCUACCUGAUGCGCAUCUUCAACAGGACAUUCAUUCCUGAUCAAGCUCUCCUGAGGAACAAGCUCGUUGUGUCUUUGAUAGAAAAAAUAACUAUGAGGAAGAGUCUUUUUAGGCAUCUCGCUGCCCGUGGAAUUCAGGUGCAUUUAUUUGUUUGCAACACAGAAGAAGACAUAGAGGCGGCAUUUGAAGUAGGAGCCACUGGAGUAAUGAGCGACUAUCCAACUCUUCUGUCCAGCUACUUCUGCAAAAACAGAAGUCAGGACUGAAUCCAAACACACCAUCACAUGAUGGCAACAAUGACACUGAUAAAAACGGCUAUUGCAACAUUUGUUGAAGAAUCUUUGGUCUACAUAAUAAUCACCGUGCAGUGGGAACACAACUAUCAUUAAUCUCUUUGGUGCUGACCUUUAAUCGCUGCUGACAGAAUGACUUGUUUGUCGUGGGAUCAUUUCUACAGCCUCCACCCACAAACAAACCACGGCAUUGAUUUGGUCUGCAGCACAUCUAACGAGUGAAUCUUUAACUAGCUGGACUGUGUCAUCUGAUUAAAUGUGACUUUAUUUUGAAUGUCUCUAAUGUUACUUUCUGCCACUUUUAAGAUAGGGCUUGAGAAAUAAAUGGUUAUGAAUAAA